ACUCGUAUAAAAUCCAAUAAAUCCUACAAAAUAAAACAAUAUCAAGCUUAAAUAAUUAUCCAUAUCGAAAUACUGAUUGUUUCUUCUUAUCUUUCUAACAAUAUUUUUGUCAUCCGUUGAUUGUUUAUUUAUAUAAAAAUAGAUGGUGGACACGAAAGUAAAAGCUCCGCAAAAAGCGGAAGCUGCAAGUACUCCAGCUACACCGAAAAAAGGUACUCCAAGAAAUUAUGACUUGGGCAAUGGAGUUUACAGAUUCAGCAGAACUCGUAUGUUCCAUAAGAAAGCCAUUUACAAGUUUCUCGAUAAAAAAACACCAAAAACCAUUAAACCUAAAAAACCGAUAACAAUUGAAAAAAAAAUUAACGGUGACAAAAAUGGUGGUACUAGAAUUGUACGUUUGAAGAAAAGGCGUGCAAAUUAUCCUACUAUUGAUCCAGUGACAGUUCAUCAUUCGAAAAAAUGUUUCCGUGAUCAUACACGAUACAUCCGACCAUCAUUGGUUCCUGGAACCAUUUGUAUUUUAUUAGCAGGCCGUCAUAAGGGAAAACGUGUUGUUCUCCUCAAAAUACUUAAGAGUGGUCUUCUUCUAGUAACUGGUCCAUUCCUGAUCAACGCUUGCCCAAUGCGACGAGUGAGUCAAAAUUAUGUUAUUGCUACAUCAACUAAACUCGAUCUUAAAGAUGUAAAACUACCCGAACAUAUUGAUGACGAAUACUUCAAGAGGAAACGUGAUAAACGUGCAAAGAAAGAAGAAGGUGAUAUUUUCAGCAAAAAGAAGGAAGAUUAUAAACCAAGUGAUCAAAAAAAAUCUGAUCAAAAAGUUGUCGACAAACUUGUAAUUGAUGUUAUCAAGAAGCAUCCAGAUAAGAAGAUGCUCUUCCGUUAUUUGACUGCAAUGUUUGGAUUACGUAGCAGUCAAUAUCCUCAUAGAAUGAAGUUCUAAUCUGUCGUUUGAACGAUUUAAUAAAAAUAAUGUAUAAAACCGAAA